UUGAUAAUGAGAACAGACCUUCACUCUCAGCUGAGCUCACACUCUCUUUCUAAACUCACACCAGUCUCUUCCUGCUCACAUUUAAUCCAGAAACCAGCCCACAGCAAUAAAAGAUCUGAAGCACGAUGACAUCUCAGGUCUCAAAGACCGUCCUGCGACUGGAGGCUGAACACGUCCAGGCAUUAAAAGAUGGAAUUAAUUUUAAGAAAAACCAAGAGGAUGGCAAAUGUUACAUCAUUUACAAAGGCAAAGACAAAAUACGAGCUUGUGUGAACCAGUGCAAACACCAGGGAGGACUCUUCAUUAAAGACAUAGAAGACAUGGACGACAGAACAGUGCGCUGCACCAAACACUACUGGAAACUGAACGUGGCCACAAUGGAGUACAUCAACCCUCCAGACAGCUUCAUGCAAGACGAACUCGAGGCAGUGCUGUCCGAUACUGACGGUAGUUUAGAGCUGGUGGAGUUGAAUCCUCCAGACCCCUGGACCAAAGACCCCAGAGAAGCACAAGAGUUGCAUGCCGGAGAGAUUACGCUGACGUACAUCACACACGCAUGUAUGGAGCUGAAAGCAGGGAACAAGCGGAUGAUGUUCGACCCGUGGCUCACAGGUCCAGCGUUUGCGAGAGGAUGGUGGCUCCUUCACGAACCUCCGUCUGAUGCCAUGGACAGACUCAGUCAGGCCGAUCUCAUGUACAUCAGCCACAUGCAUUCAGAUCACCUGAGCUACCCAACUUUGCAACUUCUUUCCAAGAAGCGUCCAGAUAUUCCCAUUUAUGUUGGAGACACUUCACGGCCGGUGUUUUGGUAUCUGGAGAAAAGUGGAGUGAAUUUAACAAACAUACACGUGGUGCCGUUCGGCGUGUGGCAGAACGUCGAUGAACACCUGCGAUUUAUGAUUCUGAUGGACGGAGUUCAUCCUGAGAUGGACACCUGCUUGAUCGUGGAGUAUAAAGGUCACAUGAUCCUGAAUACGGUGGACUGCACCAGACCAAACAAUGGACGUCUUCCUCACGGUGUUGAUGUGAUGAUGAGCGACUUCGCCGGUGGUGCCUCUGGUUUUCCAAUGACCUUCCACGGCGGUAAAUACACCGAAAGCUGGAAGGCAGAUUUCAUCAAGAACGAGAGGAAGAAGCUGUUAAACUAUAAGACACAGCUGGUGAAAUCACUACAGCCCAAGAUCUACGUCCCUUUUGCAGGAUACUUCACUGAAGCGCAUCCCUCUGACAGGUACAUAAAGGAGACGAACAGCAAGAACAGUGCAGCAGAUCUGAAUGAAUCGAUAAGGAAGAGCUGCCCGAAUAUCUUAACCUGGACUCCUGUACCCGGAUCAGUCCUGGACUUGGCCCUGGCGUUAAAUGACCCAUCCAACCGGAGAGUCAUCACUGAGCCGCCCAAUGGCACAAAGAUCUUUAAGGACAGUUGGGACUUUGACUUGUAUUUGGAUGAACUGAAUGCUUCCGUUUCAGCUGAAAUCUUUAAAUACAAAAGCUGGAUCCAGUACUAUUAUAGCUGGGCAGGAUUUAAAGACUACAAUCUGGUCAUUCGGGUCACUGAGACGGAUGAUGAUUUCAAGCCUCUGAAAGGAGGUUAUGACUAUCUGGUGGACUUUCUGGAUCUUUCUUUCCCAGCAGUGCGUCCGGAGAGAGAUCACGCGUACGAGGAGAUCAAGAACCGAGUUAAUGUGAUGAGACACGUGGUUCUGAACGGCCGGCUGUGGGACGACCUGUACAUCGGCUUCAAUAACAGAAUGAGUCGAGAUCCCGAUGUUUACCACCACAAGUUCUGGAAUCACUUUCAGACAGACCUGCCUUUAUCAGCACCAGACUGGGAUGGUUUCCUUCAAGAUGCCCGUGAAACAGACGUGUCAGACGAGAGCAGUAAUGGCUGCGCUCUAUCUUAACCCAAACACACACACAUCACAGUUAUCUGUGUCAUUUUUCUGGAUCACAGCGCUGUUUACGUGGUUUUGAGGGUCUGAGGGGUUUGAAUCUGAUGCUGCUCGAUUAAUAUCUGUAAAAAGAAGACAAACUCUACUUGAACAACCCCUGGUUAAUAUUUAUGAAGUUUCUUCACGAUACAUGAUUCUGUGCUCAGAUAUGCAAUAUUUUUGUAUAAUGAUGCUAUGAA